CCGACAUUUAAUGAGGCACUCACAACACGCAGUUCAGACGCGCACACACAUUGUAGUCCUAACGUAUCAUUCACUUGUUUUCCAAACUCUGAGCAGUCACAUAUUCUGACUGCACCCAUUUAGGUUGCUAUGGAGGUCUUCAUAUUCACCAACAGUUCUGACAACUUCUCAGAGGAGUCUGGCGACUUCGACAUGGACUUUCAGGAGCCGUGCGGCCGGGCGCUCGGCGACGAUUUCAAAAAGAUUUUCCUACCGGUCGUGUUUGGGAUUAUAAUUGUUCUUGGCGUCAUCGGCAAUGGAUUAGUAGUCAUUGUGAUGGGCUACCAGAAAAAGGUCAAAACAAUGACAGAUAAGUACCGGCUGCAUCUGUCUGUGGCUGACCUGCUGUUUGUCUUCACGCUGCCCUUCUGGGCGGUGGAUGCGGCCAGAAACUGGUACUUUGGAAGUUUCCUUUGUGUGUUUGUGCACAUGAUCUACACCGUCAACCUGUAUAGCAGCGUGCUCAUCCUGGCCUUUAUCAGCCUGGACAGAUACUUGGCUGUAGUGAGGGCCACUAACAGCCAAGCAACAAGGAAGCUCCUGGCCAGUAAAAUCAUCUAUGUGGCCGUUUGGCUCCCCGCCACCAUCCUCACCGUCCCUGACUUGGUGUUCGCCAGAACGCAAGACACGGGCUCGUCUAACUACCGCUUCAUGAACGACGGAAGCAUGGAAGUGGCCGACUCCAGGAUCGUCUGCCAGCGCAUCUACCCCGAUGAGAGCAACCUCACUUGGAUGGUGGUUUUCCGCUUCCAACAUAUUCUUGUGGGCUUUGUGCUUCCCGGUUUGGUCAUUCUCAUCUGCUACUGCAUCAUCAUCGCCAAGCUUUCACGAGGCGCCAAGGGUCAAGCGCUGAAGAAGAAAGCCCUGAAGACCACGGUCAUCCUCAUCCUCUGCUUUUUCUCUUGCUGGUUGCCGUAUUGCGUGGGCCUCUUUCUGGACACGCUCAUGAUGCUCAACGUGGUCACGCCUUCCUGUGAACUAGAGCAAGCGGUGGAGAAGUGGAUCUCCAUCACCGAAGCUUUAGCGUAUUUCCAUUGCUGCCUUAACCCCAUCUUGUAUGCUUUCCUGGGAGUUAAAUUCAAAAAGUCAGCCAAGAGCGCAUUGACGCUGAACAGCAGAUCGAGCCAGAAAGCAACUCUCAUGACGAAAAAGCGCGGGCAGAUUUCAUCAGUGUCGACUGAGUCCGAGUCUUCGAGUGUUUUGUCAAGUUAACUCGACUGAACUUCUAAAAUGUGAGACUUGAAACUAAGCUUUAAUUCAACAGUUUACUACAAUUUGUACAGCUGUUAAAAAAAAAAAAAAAAAACAUUUGUUUCCCAAAAGCAGGUGGUUACCUUGUGCUUUACAGUUAGGUUUUGUUUUUUGUAAAAACUGUGAGGUCAUUUUAGGUCAAGCUUCAAUUGUCUUUGCUGUGAGCGAUGUCGCUGCUUCUGGAAACUGUAAAUAGUUUGAAGAGUUUUGUGUGUUCGCACUUGUGUGAUUAUCUAAAAGCUUUUAUUUAUUAUUGUCAUUUACACUGGAAGUUUUGUACAGGAAAUUGCAUGCUGCUUUUUAAAU